AUGCCGACACGGAAGGCCCUGGUGAUUGGAAUCAACUAUGCAGGCUCUGAUUCUGAGUUGCAUGGUGCAGUACACGACGCAAAACAAUGGAUGCAGGUGCUGACCCGAGACUUUGCUUUCCGCAAGGAGAACAUUCAAGUGAUGCUCGAUGUGUACCCCAAUGGAGAUCCUGUGGAAGACGACCCAUUCUAUUCAGUUCCCACCAAGGAGAACAUGUUGGCGGCCAUCAGAUGGUUUGUGUCUGAUGUCAGAGAGGGAGACAGUUUGGCCUUCAUUUUCUGUGGCCACAUGACACAGAUCUUGGAUUACACCAAUCGAAGCGGAGAACGAAUUGAAGAGGCCUUGUGCCCUAUCGACUGGGAUGAGUUUGAUGGUGCCACCCCGUACCGGCUAAUCACAGAUCGGGAACUUCACCAGUUGUUUGGCCAACUGCCAGACAGUGGUGUGUUGCUGACCAUGGUCCUGGACGCCUCGACGUGCUCGGCACCUCUGAGGGUGCCGUUAAGGCGCAAUGCUUCUUAUUUGGAGCGAGAGGACGACAACACAGAGGUGACUCAGGCUAAGUUCAAUGCCACGUUCGACUGCAAACCUUGGCUGAGCAGCCAGCACGUGAAUGCCAUUGCGAGACGAGUGCCAUACAAGAUUUGGAGGCCGUUGUGGACUUCCUUGGCGAGAGCAUUAAAGCCUUCGUUUUCUCCUCCAUUGCAGGAAGGUUGCGCCAUUUUUUGCAUCACCGCGUGCGGUCUGGGACAAUCGGCCUUGGAAGCGUGGAUAGAGGGCCUUCAGCAAGGAGUGCUCACCCAUUGCUUACUCCAGGUAUUGGAAAAGCAACAGACCUGUAGCGUCCUUGAGUGGGUCCAACAAGCCAACAAGGUGGCCAAUGAUCUUCGGGCAAAGGUAAUACCCAACAUGGACCAGCACUUUGAGGUUUCGUACGGCAGGCAUGCCGGUCCUGAUGAAUGCCAGAUGUUUAACCCAGCCGCUGCGCUCCUUGCCAAGGACAGAUCCAAGCGACGUCGUGGUCAAGUCUUUCUACCAACAUGA